UCAAUACGAUAUUCUGGAAAUGCAAUUUCGCUACAGACAUACAUUUGUGCAAAAUAAUGUGAUUGCGUUGGCUACUUUACAGUUUGUACCAUGAUUUGAUUGUAGUCCUAUUAUUACCUAAAAAUGGAUACAAAAGAGAAAAUUGAAAACAAACCCAAUCCCGUCGAAAAAGCGAACGUUUUUUCGUCACUCAUUUUCCUAUACUUGUUCCCGAUUUUUAAAAAAAGUUUCAAACGAGAGCUAAAUGAGGACGAUUUGUUUGAACCACUGGACGAACACAAGGCGUCUCUACUGGGCACAAAACUUGAACAAGCGUGGAAAGAAGAAAACGUUAAACACAAACAAUACGGUUUGCAUAUAGCUCUUUUGAAAGUUUUUGGGAGCCGGUUUAUGUUGUUUGGGUUUUUGAGAUUAUUUGACGAAGUCAUGAUGGAAAUUGUGCCUCCUUUCUGUAUUGGUCGACUUCUAUCGUACUACGAGGGGACCAACAGUGACGUUUCUGAAACUGAAGCUUAUUUACAAGCCCUUGCAAUAGCCUUGUGUCUUAUCCUCAACGCCCUUUUGACCCAUCCUCCAUACAUGGGUUUAAUGCACCUCACCAUGAAGAUGAGGAUUGCUUGCAGCUCUCUGAUUUAUAGAAAAAUGUUGAAGUUAAGUAAAACGGCCUUAGCUGAGACCACCACUGGUCAAAUAAUAAACCUUCUGUCUAAUGACGUUAGUAAAUUUGACCAGGGGUUCAUGCUGGCUCAUUACGUUUGGAUAGCACCUAUUCAUGCAGUCAUAGGAACCUACUUCCUGUACCGACAGAUAGGAAUAUCUGCCUUUUUCGGAGUUGUUCUAUUGGUGGCCUUCAUUCCCGUACAAAUAAUGUUAGGCAAAAGGACUUCCGUUUUGCGUCUUAGAACAGCCUUAAGGACCGACGAGAGGGUUCGUUUGAUAAACGAGAUCAUCUCCGGAAUACAAGUUAUCAAAAUGUAUUGUUGGGAAAAACCGUUCGGGAAACUGGUCUCAAUGGCAAGGAGAAAAGAAAUGUCAGCAAUUCGGGACCGGGCCUUGAUACAAGGGAUGUUCUACUCUUUUGAAACCACAAUAGCAAGAACAUCGGUCUUUUUAAGUAUCUUGGGGUACGUUCUAAUGGGAUCACGAAUCACUGCGGAAAAAGUUUUCACCAUAAAAGCAAUCUACGACGUUCUUAGAUCAGUGCUAAUCCUCCACUUCUGGAUUAGCGCAUCCUCGAUAGCCGAAACCAACGUUUCCGUUUCAAGAAUCCAAAAAUUUCUAUCAUCUCCUGACCGAGUUGACACAACAACCAGAGCCACAUCUUCGCCUCGAAUCCUUUUAGAAAACGUGACAGCUAAAUGGCAAGAAAACCCCGGGUUAGAACGUGUUAGUUUCAACGUAGCGUCAAGUCAAACCAUGGCCGUAAUCGGACCCGUCGGAAGCGGCAAAAGCAGCUUGUUAAAUCUUCUCCUUAACGAACUUCCUGUAGAAAGUGGACGAAUCGACGUCCAAGGAAACCUUUCGUACUCCUCGCAGGAACCGUGGCUUUUUUCUGGAAGCGUUCGCCAAAACAUUAUUUUUAACAACGAGUACGACGAGGAGCGGUACCGAAGAGUGGUAGAAGUGUGCGCGCUGAAAUCAGACUUCCAGUUAUUCCCUUUCGGAGACCAAACGCUAGUUGGGGAAAAGGGAAGAGCGCUGAGUGGAGGUCAAAAAGCCCGAAUUAAUCUCGCGAGAUGUGUUUACAACGAAGCCGAUAUCUACCUUCUGGAUGAUCCUUUGUCUGCUGUGGAUGCAAACGUGGGGAAGCACUUGUACGAAAAGUGCAUCAGGGAGUUUCUCAAAGGGAAAAUCUGCGUUCUUGUCACGCAUCAGCUUCAGUAUUUGAGCGACGUGGAUAGAAUUGUUGUUAUGAAAAAUGGCGAGAUUGAGAGCGAAGGGACGUUUAAUGAACUGCAGACCAAAGGCUUGGAUUUUGGUAAAUUGCUUGAGCAGUUUAAGAAUGAGGACCAAGGUGAAGAGAGUAAAAAGUGGGAAGAGGGAGUGGAUGACGAAGAACUAAAGGAUGACGAUAAUGAGAAACCACUCGUUGAAACAGAAAAAGUAAAGAGAGGCAGCAUUAAAUGGUCUCUUUAUUUGAAGUAUUUAAAAGCUGGCGGUGGUACUACAAUGGUACUGGUCAUGUCGACUUUGUUUCUAAGUGCCCAUUCUGUUGCGAAUGCCGGAGAUUAUUAUAUUUCAUACUGGGUUAAUUCCGAAAGACGCUUCAAUGAAAAAGUUCUAAAUAAUAUGACUGCACCAAACGAAACCUUGGAUAGAAAUCCCAUGAUUUAUACAUACUCGGGGCUCAUUCUAGGCACGAUAGUUUUAUCUUUUACCGAAUCCCUUUAUUUCAUGUUUCAUUUAACUGUUGCUUCUAUUAACUUACACGAGAUGAGCUUUUCAACGCUCUUAAAUGCGGCAAUGAGGUUCUUCAACAACAAUCCUUCCGGACGAAUUCUCAACAGAUUUUCAAAAGACAUGGGUUACAUCGAUGAAUAUAUUCCUUCGGUGUUAUUCGACGUGAUACAAGUAGCUUUAAUGUUAUUUGGUUCGCUUAUCCUCUCCUUCAUCGUAGAUGUUUGGCUGCUGAUACCUUCUGCAUUCUUAAUAUCAGUUUUCUUCGUUCUACGAAUCAUCUACAUUCGUACAAGUAGACGCGUUAAACGAAUCGAAGGAGUCACAAGAAGUCCAAUUCUUGGACACGCUGCCACUUCAAUACAGGGUCUAAGUACAAUCAGAAGUUUCUCAGCCCAAGAAGUUCUCAUAAGGGAGUUCGACGACUACCAAGACCGCCACAGUUCGGCAUGGUAUCUUUUCAUUGCCGCCAAUCGAUGUUUCGGCUUCUGGGUGGACUUCAUCUGUAUUACAUUUUUUGCCGUUGGCGUGUUCGUCCUCAUGUAUUUUAACAAAAAUAUAAGUGGUGGCGACAUCGGUUUGGUAAUCACACAAUACACAACCUUCAUCAGUUCCCUCCAAUGGGAACUCCGCCAACUCAGCGAACUAGAAAACACCAUGGUUUCCGUCGAACGCUUGCUGGAAUACAAAAACCUAGAAAGCGAACCCGUUCGAAAAAAAACCGAAACGGUAUCACAAACCUGGCCAAAGCAAGGCAAAAUCGAAUUUCGUCACGUAUCCAUGAAAUACAACCCCUCCGACUCCCACAUUUUGAAAAAUUUGAGUUUCACUAUACACCCACAGGAGAAGAUCGGUAUUGUGGGUCGAACCGGUGCCGGAAAGUCUUCAAUAAUUACAGCUUUGUUCCAACUGUACCCCAUCGAAGGGACUAUACUCAUGGACGAAGUCGACUCCACCGGACUACCUUUAGAAGACGUGCGCUCUAAAAUUUCGAUUAUCCCUCAAGAACCGGUUUUGUUUUCUGGAAGUCUGCGCAAAAAUUUAGAUCCUUUUGACGAGUAUUCGGACGAAGCGAUCUGGGACGCUUUGAAACAAGUAGAACUCAAGAAUAUAGUUUCAGGUGGUCUAGAUACCAAUGUGGCUGAAGGGGGUGGUAAUUUUAGCGUGGGUCAAAGACAACUGGUGUGUUUGGCGAGAGCACUCGUGAGGAGGAACAAGAUUCUGGUGAUGGACGAAGCCACAGCCAACGUGGACCCACAAACCGACGCGGUUAUUCAAAAUACCAUAAGAGAGAAGUUUGCUGAGUGCACCGUGUUAACAAUAGCCCAUAGGUUGCAGACGGUUAUGGAUUCCGACAGGAUAAUCGUGAUGAGUGCCGGGAGCCUGGAAGAGUUCGACCACCCGUAUAACCUCAUAAAGAAAGAAGGCGGAGUUUUGCACAAUUUGGUUCAAAAUAUGGGCAAAGCGGCAGCUGCGACUUUAGAAAGUAUUGCGAAAAAAAGCUACGAAAAAAGAAAAUUGUUGAUUGAGGAGCCAAAGGAAUAGAGUAGAAUAAGUAAUUACAGUAAAAUGAAAACAUGUUUCUGAUGAAAAUAAAUUGAACAGUUUUGAUGUAACUGA